UGAAAUGCUUCCGAUUUGAGGAGUCAUAUAAAAAAAAUAAUAAAAUAAAUAAAAAUAAAAAUAAAGUCAAAAGCAGAAGCAGUGAACAAACCUCCUGGCUGAGCGCGCGGAGCUCUCGAAGCCAACGGAGAUGGCGAUGACUGUGGCAACUUUCCAACCCAAAACACUUCGACCCAAAAGCCCUUACCUUCUUCCCAAUCUACCCAGAAGAGUCUGCAACUUCAAGGCCUUCUCCCUCCACAAUCCCCAGCUCCCAUCACUCGUGGGUCAGUUCGAACCCACCAUCCCAAUAGAGAGAGCAGGGACUCCUCCCAGCUCAUGGUACACCGAUCCAUCCUUUUACUCUCUCGAACUCGACACCCUUUUCUACCGUGGAUGGCAGGCCGUAGGAUAUACUGAACAGAUUAGUAAUGCAGGGGAGUUUUUCACUGGCAGAUUGGGAAACGUAGAGUUUGUGGUAUGCCAAGAUGGUGAUGGAAAGCUUCAAGCUUUUCACAAUGUCUGUCGACAUCACGCGAUGCUCCUUGCGUAUGGAAGCGGCCGCAAGUCCUGCUUUGUCUGCCCUUAUCAUGGAUGGACGUAUGGGUUAGAUGGUGCACUUCUCAAGGCAACUAGGAUAACUGGAAUACAGAAUUUCAAUGAACACGAGUUUGGACUUGUACCACUAAAAGUAGCAACUUGGGGACCGUUUAUUCUUCUCAAUAUGGAACAGAAUGUUGACAGUGAUCCAGGCAGUGUGCAAAAUGAAUGGCUUGGCAGCUCCGCAGAAGUACUGAGUAACAACGGGAUUGAUACUUCAUUAAGUUUUGUUUGCCGACGUGAUUAUGUGAUUGAAUGUAACUGGAAGGUCUUUUGUGACAACUACUUAGAUGGGGGAUACCACGUGCCUUAUGCACAUAAAGGCCUUGCAUCUGGUCUUAAUCUUGACGGUUACUCUACCACAAUGUAUGAAAAGGUCAGCAUUCAAAAGUGUGAAAGCGGCUCGACAGAAAGAAAAAAUGAUUUUGAUCGGCUUGGGUCAAAAGCGCUGUAUGCUUUCGUGUAUCCAAAUUUCAUGAUUAAUAGGUAUGGACCUUGGAUGGAUACCAAUCUAGUUUUGCCGCUGGGACAAAGGAAAUGUCAAGUGAGAUUUGAUUACUUUAUUGAAGCUUCUCUUAAGGAUGACACAGAUUUCAUAGAGAGAAGUUUGAAAGACAGUGAAAGAGUACAGAUGGAAGAUGUCAUGUUAUGUGAAGGCGUUCAAAGAGGUUUGGAAUCGCCCACAUACAAUGUCGGUAGAUACGCCCCAACUGUUGAGAAUGCCAUGCACCAUUUCCAUUGCCUGCUUCACAAGAGCCUAACAGAAUGAUGAACUCAUUGCCUUUGGGUUCUCACUCUCUUUAGAGGAGGUAUUGUUCUAAGUCCUUAAUGUCGCAUGUGUACCUAAUGGGAAUUCGUAGGUGUAACCGGAGGUAUAUCUGUAUAUUUACACCAGAGGUAUAC